AUGGCCGCCAGGGCUGUCGCGCUGGAGCGCUCCGUGACCGACGCGCCUGCUCGGGCGGCGGCGGCGGAGCAAGUGGUAGGGUAUAACGGCGCAGCAGGCGAAGGCAUAAUCAAGACGCUGUCGGGGGUGGUGUACCUUGGGCUGCUGGGCUUCUUCCUAUUCAAGACGUUCAACCGCCGCGCGCGCCAGGCGCGGGAAGAGCGCCUCGCAGGCCAGGGCCCCGUGCGGACUGUCUUCACCAACUUGAUUGAGAAGGCCCAGGAGAAGCCGAAGCCCACAGCCACUCCCCUCAGCUGCAUGUUUGGCGCCGCGCAGGCGGGCGCCAUCGCCGUGGGCCUCUUCAUAUUCACCUCCAAGGUCGAGGGCGCCAUCAACGUCCAGGCGCUGCCAGACGCCUACACCGCCCGCAACAUCGCCAUCACCGUGCGCACCAUCAUCAUCGGCCUGCUCUACCUCGUCACCUUCAUAUUCAGCGCCAACACCGUCGGCCUCGCGGGGCUUUCGCUGCAGAUGCUGUUCUUCCCGGACUCUAUCAAAGAGGAUGAGCCCCGCCCCAAGCCCACCGGGCCGCAAAUGCCGCGCAUCACAGUGACGUCAUCUCCUGAGGACAUUCGGCGCGCGUUUGAAGCCGUGUCGGCGCCGAGCACGCCGCCGCGCAGCGCGCCAGCAAGCCCGCCGCCUGGGCCUGCAGAGGCGGGGGCAGGGGCCGGCGAAACAGCGCAGCCCAAGUAA